AUGUCCGACGAGGCGUCAGCCACCACUUCGUACGAGAAGUUUCUAACUCCCGAGGAGCCCUUCCCGCUUCUGGGACCCCCUCGCGGGGUGGGCACAUGCCCGAGCGAGGAGCCGGGCUGCCUGGAUAUCAGCGACUUCGGCUGCCAGCUCUCCUCUUGCCAUCGCACGGACCCGCUCCACCGCUUUCACACCAACAGGUGGAACUUAACUUCCUGUGGAACAAGUGUGGCCAGUUCAGAAUGCAGUGAAGAACUGUUUUCAUCCGUUUCUGUUGGAGAUCAAGAUGAUUGCUAUUCCCUAUUAGAUGAUCAAGAGUUCACAUCUUUUGAUUUAUUUCCUGAAGGGAGUGUCUGCAGUGAUGUCUCUUCUUCUAUUAGCACAUACUGGGAUUGGUCAGAUAGCGAAUUUGAAUGGCAGUUACCUGGCAGUGACAUUGCCAGUGGGAGUGACGUACUUUCUGAUGUCAUACCCAGUAUUCCAAGUUCACCUUGCCUGCUUCCUAAAAAGAAAAACAAGCACCAGAAUUUAGAUGAACUUCCUUGGAGUGCAAUGACAAAUGAUGAGCAGGUGGAAUAUAUUGAGUAUCUGAGUCGUAAAGUCAGUACUGAGAUGGGUCUUCGGGAACAACUUGAUAUUAUUAAAAUAAUUGAUCCUUCUGCUCAAAUCUCCCCUACUGACAGUGAGUUUAUUAUUGAACUUAACUGUCUCACAGAUGAAAAACUGAAGCAGGUCAGAAACUAUAUCAAGGAGCAUAGCCCUCGCCUACGGCCCACAAGAGAGGCCUGGAAGAGAAGCAACUUUAGUUGUGCAAGCACCAGUGGAGUGAGCGGUGCCAGUGCCAGUGCCAGCAGCAGCAGUUCCAGCAUGGUCAGUUCUGCAAGCAGCAGUGGGUCCAGUGUUGGAAACUCUGCUUCAAACUCCAGUGCCAACAUGAGUCGAGCACACAGUGACAGCAACUUGUCUGCAAGUGCAGCAGAGCGGAUUCGGGAUUCAAAAAAGCGAUCCAAACAGCGGAAGUUACAGCAGAAGGCCUUACGCAAGAGGCAGCUGAAAGAGCAGAGGCAGGCUCGGAAGGAGAGGCUCAGUGGGCUCUUCCUUAAUGAAGAAGUGCUGUCCUUGAAAGUGACUGAGGAAGAUCAUGAAGCAGAUGUAGAUGUUUUGAUGUAA